ACCGUACCGAAAAAGUCAAAGCAAAGAAAUUAACUGAACUCCUCAUUUAUAUUUAAACAUCGCUCCAAGAAGUUGGAAAACUGCUUUCUUCUUCCCCAAAUCAAUCAAACCACAAUACCUAGUUUUCAUCGGCCAUGUCGGCGUUGCCGUCUCCGGCGGAGGCCGGUAAUUUUCACGGCGAUGAUGGGUUCGGAAGCGAGUUCAGCACGUACAGGUACAGCAGCAGCACAAGCGAGAUAGAGGAAGAGGAUUCAGCUCAGACGUUUGAAAUUAAAAGGCAAACGGUAUCGGCGGCGGCGGCGGCGGGGGCAGGGUUGGAGAGCAUUAGGGAAGAUUACAGCCGUGGGUGUUCGUUCUCGUCGGAUGCUCUGAAAUGGGAGGAUUGUGUUUAUGUUGGAGUGGGGAAAAGCGAUUCUAGUAAUGAAGCGCUUCAGUGGGCUCUCAAGAACGCCAUUACAACCUCUACCACUGUUGUCUAUCUCUUACAUGUCUUCCCUGAGACACGUUACAUUCCCAGCCCAUGUAAUUCUCUCAACUCUCUGUUUUUUGAUAGCUUUCUCUCCUUUAAUCUGUGUGUUGUUUCUGUGAUGACAGUGGGAAAGAUUCCAGUUAAUCAGGUGAGUAAACAACAAGUGGCUAUCCAUGUAGCUCAAGAAGAAAGCAAAAGGAAGGAUUUUCUUCAGAAUUUCAUUGAUUCUUGUUCACUGGCUAAGGUACACAACAGAAAAGCAUGCCCCCUUUUUGCUAAUCUAAUGAAUAUGUGCCUUAUCUUCUUAAUGGAACAGGUUAAGGCAGACACUGUGCUGAUUGAGAGUGACAUGGUAGCAAGGGCCAUUUUGGAUGUUAUACCAAUUCUCAACAUAAGGAAGCUAGUCCUCGGAGCCAACAAAUCCAGGAAGUUGAGAUCUCGAGGGGGAAGUGGAAUAGCUAACGAGAUACUUCAGAAAGCUCCAGAAUUUUGUGAGGUUAAGGUUGUUUGUGAAAGGAAAGAAACAAGCCAACUGGGUGGAUUGCCCUCUCCUAUCUCUUCGCCUCGUUACCAAGAUGAUAGCUCCAAGGAUAAUGAUCCUAAUUCCACCAUUACUGUAGCUGAAGAACAACGAAACAGUUCAGUUUCUUGCAUGUGUUUUAAAACUAAGUUUGUAUGAGGAUCAUGAACAUCGAUUACCUUAACAGCUUUCUUGUCUUGUCCCUAAAGGAUCAAAGUUUGUGUUUGAUUUUUGUGUAAAUGAACUUUUAUGGGAAGAGUCAAAAUAAUCCAUUCAUUA